UUCCCCCGCACCCCGUAGUCGGAACGCCGCCCCCGCUUCGUACAGUGGUCCCGUCCUCUCCUCCGCCCUCCUUCUACUUCUCCGCCUCCGCGGUGGGGCGGGGGCGUUCGCUGGGCGAUUCCGGUGCGUCUGCUCCGGCCACACGGGGAGGCCCGCACUAUCUAUCCCUGCUCUUCGGGGUCGCCCUUCCCUUCCCGCCCCCUUGCAGCACCCCUUCCCUCUCUCCCUCCCUCCCUCCCUCCCCCGACCCCCAGCCUGGCGAUCACGAUGGAACGGGAAUUCUGAAGCGACUCUUUCCUCAUAGCCCCCUAGGGCGCCCCGAGGCGAUGAGUGAGCUGAAGGACUGUCCCCUCCAGUUCCAUGACUUCAAGUCGGUGGACCACCUGAAGCUGUGUCCCCGCUAUACCGCGGUGCUGGCCCGCUCCGAGGAUGACGGCAUCGGCAUCGAGGAGCUCGACACUUUACAGCUGGAGCUGGAGACUCUGUUGUCGUCUGCCAGCCGCCGCCUGCGGGUACUGGAAGCAGAGACCCAGAUCCUCACAGAUUGGCAGGAUAAGAAGGGUGAUCGGCGGUUCCUGAAGCUCGGCCGGGACCAUGAGUUGGGAGCCCCGACGAAGCACGGCAAGCCCAAGAAACAGAAGGUGGACGGGAAGGCGGGUCACGGGCCGGGACCUGGCCCCGGCCGGCCCAAGUCCAAGAACCUUCAGCCCAAGAUCCAGGAGUACGAAUUCACGGAUGAUCCCAUCGAUGUUCCACGAAUCCCCAAGAACGACGCCCCCAACAGGUUCUGGGCCUCAGUGGAGCCGUACUGCGCCGAUAUCACCAAUGAAGAAGUGCGGACGCUGGAGGAGCUGCUCAAGCCUCCGGAGGACGAGGCUGAGCAUUAUAAGAUCCCUCCCCUGGGGAAGCAUUAUUCCCAGCGCUGGGCCCAGGAAGAUUUACUGGAGGAGCAGAAGGAUGGGGCCCGGGCAGCCGCUGCAGGUGACAAAAAGAAAGGCCUCAUGGGACCAUUAACUGAACUGGACACAAAAGUCAGCAUCGCUUCCUCGGGCUGCAGAGAAGGCCGUAAGCGUCCUUGUCUCCUAUUCUCCUCAGAAGUGGAUGCCCUGCUGAAGAAAUCCGAGGCCCAGCAUGAGCAGCCCGAAGAUGGGUGUCCCUUUGGGCCCCUGACCCAGCGUCUCCUGCAGGCCUUGGUGGAGGAAAACAUCAUCUCCCCCAUCGAGGACUCCCCCAUCCCAGAUAUAACUGGGAAGGAAGCAGGGCUUGAUGGUGCCAGCACCUCUCCUCGGAAUCAGAACAAACCAUUCAGUGUCCCCCACACCAAGUCCCUAGAAGCCCGCAUUAAGGAGGAGCUGAUUGCGCAAGGCCUUCUGGAGUCCGAGGACCGGCCAGCGGAGGACUCGGAGGACGAGGUCCUGGCCGAGUUGAGGAAGCGGCAGGCCGAGCUGAAGGCCCUCAGUGCCCACAACCGAGCCAAGAAGCAUGAGCUGCUUAGGCUGGCAAGAGAAGAGGUGAGUCGGCAAGAACUGCGGCAGCGGGUCCGCAUGGCAGACAAUGAGGUGAUGGAUGCUUUCCGCAAGAUCAUGGCUGCCCGUCAGAAGAAGCGGACCCCCACGAAGAAGGAGAAGGACCAGGCCUGGAAGACACUGAAAGAGCGUGAAAGCAUCCUGAAGCUGCUAGAUGGGUAGUUGGGCUGGGAUCUGGCCCCCGGCUCUUCCCGACUCUCUCCACUAUGCCUGACUGAGCCAACCGGGCCCGAGUGGAAAUGUAGGAGGCUCCUCUUCUUUUCCCUGGGUGGGAAUGGGUAGGUGUCCACCGGGAAGCCAUUUCCAGAGCCUGGUGUAUCUCAUUUUCCAUGUACAGAUACCCUGCUACUUGUUCUGCCUCUGCCCCCCAUCUGCCCCCGCCACCCUGUUGCCCAGCUUUGCCAGAACAGGAACCUUUGGAAUGGGGCCUGCAAUGCCCAAGGCUGGGGAUGGGAAGGGUGACUGCACUGUGGUGUGACUAGAGCUGGUCCUAGUAGGAAUGGGGCCACAGAGAGAGGAAGAGAGACCCCCAGACUCUGCUUCCUCUCUCCUGGGAUGGGUGUUGCCCCUUCAGCUCUGCCCUGCUCCUCUGGGUGCUGUGCCCCUGGGACCAGGCGAUAAAAUCCCUCCCCUGUGGUUUUGUAUGGUGCAAACUAGAGUAAAAUGACUGCUGUGAUUUCUAAGAAAAUA